GCAAUAAGCAAUAAAAACUGAAUUCCAACAUCCUCUGUUUUGUUUCUCCAACAAUUAUGGAAUCCAUUCUUCUCACCGCCACCACUUCAAACAUCCCGCUGCCUCGAAACUCUUCCCUUUCCUCACUCUCUUUCUCCUCCUCCCUCCCGAAUCAGGUGAGCACCAAGGUCGAGAUCAGGCGAAGCAACAAAGGUACGACCAAGGCGCCGCGCAUCGUGGCCUCCUCGUCGGGGUCCAAAGGAAGGGCGGGCAAAGGGGUGUCUGCCAAUGUAGCAGUUGACGGUUCGGUUGUGGCGGAGGGUGUGAAGGACGUGUCGUGGAAGGAAUUACAGUACGAGGAAGGGUCAACCGGGCAUAGGCUGCCCCUUCCCACUGACCCGGAUACUGAGAAGCAGAUGGAAUAUAUUACAAACAUAUUGGGUUCAAAUGUGUACGAUGUGGCUAUUGAAACCCCAUUGCAGCUUGCGCCCCUCUUGUCUACUCAAUUGGGUGUCAAUCUCUGGCUCAAGAGGGAGGAUUCACAACAGGUGUUCUCAUUCAAGAUUCGAGGUGCUUACAAUAUGAUUUCCAAACUUCCUGAAAAACAAUUGAAAAAGGGGAUUAUCUGUGCAUCAGCUGGGAAUCAUGCGCAGGGAGUUGCAUUAUCUGGUCAGCGAUUAAAAACUAAAGCCUACAUUGUUAUGCCAACAACUACUCCUCAAAUCAAGAUAGAUGCAGUUGAGAGAUUGGGUGGAAUUGUUGAUCUGUAUGGCAAUUCUUUUGAUGAAGCGCAAAAAAGAGCUAAGGAGAGGAGCGAAGAGGAAGGCCUUACAUUCAUACCUCCUUUUGAUGACAAAGAUGUUAUAGCAGGGCAAGGUACAGUUGGUAUGGAAAUUGGGCGUCAAAUAAGGGGCAAAAUCCAUGCUAUUUUUGUUCCUAUUGGUGGUGGUGGUCUCGCUUCUGGGAUUGUCUCUUUUUACAAGCUGGUUUAUCCUGAUGUAAAGGUAUUUGGGGUGGAACCAAAUGAUCAGAACUCCAUGGCGCAGGCAUUGUAUCGUGGGGAGAUAGUGAAUGUGACAGAUAUUGGGCAUUUUGCAGAUGGAGUAGCUGUUCAACAAGUUGGCGACGAGACAUUUCGAAUCUGCUAUGAACUCCUGGAUGACGUGAUUCUUGUUAAAAAGGAAUCAAUAUCUGCGGCUAUAAAGGACAUGUUCAACGACGGCAGGAACAUCUUAGAACCUUCCGGUGCUCUUUCCAUUGCUGCAGCCAAGGCCUACUGCGAGUAUAACAAUAUUAAGGGAGUAAAUGUUGUGGCUGUUACCAGUGGUGCAAAUAUGAACUUUGACCAACUGGGACAAAUCUCUGAUCUUGCCAAUAUUGAUCAGUCUAUUCUCGCAACUAUGUUGCCAGAAACACCUGGAAGCUUAAAACAACUUACCGACCUGAUCGCCGAUUUGGGUGUCACCAUUACAGAAAUGACUUAUAGAUUUAGCUCUGGCUCAACAGAUGCUCUUGUUGUUUAUAAAGUUAAAGCAGUAGAUUCAGCACUUGAAACUUUGGUGAGACAGUUGAACUUUUUUGGGUUCAAAACAUACACUUUAUCCGAUAAUGAAGUUGUUAGAAACCAUCUCCGUUUCAUGAUGGGAGGCAGACAAAACGUUGAAAACGAAACACUCUUCCGUUUUACUUUCCCAGAAAAGGUUGGUGCUCUAAAGCACUUCCUCAAAGACUUUCAGCCAAACUGGAACGUUUCUUUGUUUCACCAUCGUCACCAGGGUAUUCUUACUUCAGAUGUGUUGAUUGGAGUCCAACUUGAGAAAUCAGAGGAGAAAAAGUUUCACGAGUAUGCGAAGAAAGUUGGGUAUCAAUAUGAGGCAAUAUCUCAAGAUGAUUCAGCCCAAGUUCUAGCAAAACUCUAGAUAGAUCACAACCCUUGCUGUUCAUAUCACUUGAUCCAUCAAGAAUCCUUGGCUUGAAGCUGGGAAUAACUUGGUUUCAAUGCUCUAAAUAAGAUGAUGAUGGCAAUUAGUGAAAUGAAGUUGACUGUAUUUGUAUUCAACUAUCUAUGUAUGUCUUAUAAUAAAAGUACUGCAACUGGAUUUCUUAAACCAAUUGCUUUCUUCUCA